AUGGCAGGUUUCAUGCUAAAGAAUACCCAGCAUGUGACAAAAACUUUCCCCAUUGUUUGGGUCAUUGCCAGAUAGGAUCCAAUACAAUUUAUGAUGAUUCAAUGAACUUGAGAAAUAUUCUCUGGCUGGCUCCUUUGCCAAGCAAUUUGACAAAGUGUUGGCUGGCUCCAGGAGUCCUAGUGGUACUAGAUGCUCAUCCAGAAGGAAUUAUAUAUAAACAAUUAAUUCCCGAGUAUGCGAAACUUGUGAGGACAAUCUAUGAAGAUGAUCUGGGUAAAGGUGUGGUUGAUGUAAACUAUUUGAAUGUUGGUGAUACAACGCCUAAUUAUCAAAUUUUCAUCUGCUAACGUUCUCCCCAAGGUAAAUUGCUUUUCUUUUCCUUGAUAACAUGAUAAAUCAUAAACUGGUCAAGUUUAUUGUAGAGAUUCCUCUCAAAAAAUGCUGUCACUCAUUUUAUAAUUAUUGAUUCCUUGCUCUGCCUUAUUUUUGCAUUUCACACCACGAGAAUUGUCAUCAACGUUUACCAAUUUUUGAUAAAUUGGAGAUGGGGGAUUGAGCAGGAGAUAAGCUUGAAGCCUGCCUGCUACACAAAUUCUGAUAACAUCAUCUAUAGAGCCUCUCAAAAUAGAUUCAGUCUUUGAUCUCAGAAAAUGCAUGCCUAUACAAUUAGACUGCUUAUGUAUGUUACUGAUGAAUGACAUACACCAUUCUUUGGUGCCAUACUCACGCUAGUUCACUGCAUAAUGUAUAUUUCCAUUGAUCACUAGAUAAAAAUAAGCCCUUUAUUUAGUAGCAGCUCCUUAGUAUGCAAAGCUCAUUAUUUGUUUUUCUCUGCUAUGUUUUGUUUCGGUUUCCAUUCCUCAUUAUGUACUUACAAGCUAAUAUACAUGGAGAAUUAACUUAAAUCCAUAAUCUGAAGUAAAAUUGCACUAGGGAAUACGUGAUUCUUGUGCCAUGCCAUGCGCGCAGUUAAAUCGAUUCCUCGGGGGUUCCUGAAUCAGAGCACUAAUCGAGGUUUCAUGCUGACAUGCCUUUAAAUGUACUAAAGUAUCACUUUUAUAACUGAUGCCAUCGCACAAGAGUA